AAUGUUAUUUUUACAGCUGCCAAAACCUGUAAUGAUUGUAAUUCGACCAAUGCCAACUGUGAGGAGAAACCAGGUUAUGUCAUUUGUACCUGUAAAGCUGGAUUCAUAGGAAACGGCCUUAACUGCACAAGAAUUGUGUUUUGUGACAGUACCAACUGCUGCCCACAAGGUUAUUUAUGGAACCGUGCAACAAAUGUCUGCAAUGAUAUUGAUGAGUGCAAAAGCGCUACAUUGAAUAAGUGUGCCCCUCAAAGCAACUGUAUCAAUAGAAAUGGUGUCUACCUGUGUUCAAGUGCUUACAGCCCUCAAUGCCAAUGUGACAAAGACACAGACUGCAUAAAUACAACGGCUGGUGUACAAUGUGCUGACCCUUGCCAAUUUUAUGAAGAGCUUGAUGGAGCUCACAGGCUGUUUACCAUCAACUCCACUGGGAGAUUUGCUACAGAUCGAUAUAAUGUUGGCUGGUUCCGUUACAAAAACAAUUAUAAGAUAAAAGAAGGGUGUGUUGGUUUUUUAAAAUGUGGAUCGCUUGAGCCAUUGAGUCUUGGUGCUAGCCAUCCAGAUGUUGGAGAUGGAGUGAAGCAAGUCCUUCUAAAAAUCAACUCAUUAACUGGCUGCAUAAAUGGCGCAAACAUCUCAGUGAAAGCCUGUCCCGGGGGGUUCUACGUCUAUAAGUUUUCAGGAAUGACUAGACCUGAUGUUUAUUGUACAGAAGCACCUCUUAACAGGACUACCACCACCACCCCCACUACUAUAAGCACCCCCACUACUAUCAGCACUACCUCUACCACCUCUACACCCCCUAUCACCACCCCCACUACUAUCAGCACUACCUCUAUCACCUCUACACCCCCUAUCACCACCCCCACUACUAUCAGCACUACCUCUACCACCUCUACACCCCCUAUCACCACCCCCACUACUAUCACCACCCCCACUACUAUCAGCACUACAUCUACCACCUCUACACCCCCUAUCACCACCCCCACUACUAUCACCACCCCCACUACUAUCAGCACUAGUUCUACCACCUCUACACCCCCUAUCACCACCCCCACUACUAUCAGUACUACCUCUACACCCCCUAUCACCACCCCCACUAGUAUCAGCACUACCUCUACCACCUCUACACCCCUCACCUCUACACCCCCUAUCACCACCCCCACUACUAUCAGCACUACCUCUCCCAACUCUACACCCCCUAUCAUCACCCCUACUACUCCUAAAAUAACAAAUGUAUCAACAUGUAGUAAUACUUCACAUUCCACUAUACCCGUACCAACAAUAAAGCCCCUAGAGAACAUAACUGUAACUCACGUCAAAAGUCAAAGUACCCUCACAAUGACAAUGCUAACCCAAACUGUAAAUGCAAAAGAGGUGAAGACUCUUGAAAUAAACGAGACCACUGUUGUCACUAUUGAGACUAAAACAAUUACUUCCACGAAAAUCCACAUAAAAAAAACAAGAUCUGUCUCCCCUACAUCUAUCAAAAUCCUUGUUGGAGGUGAGCAGCCUGAAUCUUUUACUGACCGCCCAGACACCAUGGUGAUGAACACUGAAACUACAACUCCUAACUUGGAGACUUUACAGCCAGACGACUACUGUAGCCAACCAGCCCAAACAAAGACCAUUACAGAGACAUCAUCAAAUGCUGGAAAUACCUGUUCCAAGUUCACUUCUGCUUUAACCACUACCACUAUAACAACGACAGAGGAAACAAUUGUUUUGGGUCCUAAUGGAUUUUCCUCUAGUUGCACUCACUACUAA